GGAUGGUUCGAUCAAAUCAAGCUCAAGGUGGAGGAAAACGAGUAACACGACAAACCUCCACCUCUAGAAGAAAAGAAAAGGCACCGGCUGAUCCCGUCCCCCAGUCUGAAGAGGGGACACAUGGGGCUUCCUCCCCUGAGCCCGAGGAUGCCGUCACCAGAGGUCAACGAAGGGAAGCAAUGGAGCAACGGUUCACCGUGCCCGGAUCCAGGGAACUGUAUAAGGCUUGGAAUACAAUUAAGCCCGAUGGGAAUCCAGUCCGGGGCCUCAUUGUAGAAAAGAGUCACUCUACAGGGGCUGCACGACCAAUGUCCGGGCAUCAUUCGCAAGCUUGAGGCCUUGAGAUGGACCUAUUUCAUGCAGCCUGCUGAAUACUGCCCGGCCUUGGUAAUGGAAUUCUAUGCAGCCACAUUGAAUGCGAAGAGGUCGCGCCGCCAACCAAAGAAAAACAUGGAGCACUUGUGUUGGGUUCCAGUUCGGGGAAAAGAGAUUGAUUGUGCUGCCGAUACCAUAACAUCUAUCUUAUAUGAGCAACGUAGCGAAACAGACCCUGUUGAAGGUUGGCCUCCGGUGAGUUCUGAAGAUGGAAAACCCGGAGGAACACCGAGAGUGGGUUGCUUCAGUGAUUGCCUCAGGGACUCCACCAUGGCUGGAUCUAUCUGUCUCGAUUGAGAAGAACACUUUCAACCGCGAAGCCAAGUUUUGGCUAUCCCUAAUAUCAUCGCGGGUGAUUCCUUCCAAGCAUAACACUGACAUACCCAUUACAAAGUGUAUUCUCAUCGCAUCACUCAUGUUCGGGUACCUCGUCGACGUGGGGGUGAUAAUCCGAGACGAGAUCAAGACUAAGUCCACUCAAAAAGGCACAUCGCUCCCUUUUCCUUGUUUGAUCACUGAAUUAUGUCUCCGAAAAAAGGUGCGCGAUAUUCCCCGGGUGGACAGAAUGUUACAGGUUGAACAAACAAUCAAUUACACCAUGUUAGAACCGGGGACUAGAAAGCGAAAGCGGGUGAGCUCAGAGCCAAGAGCUUCGGGGACAACACUUGAUGCUCAUAUUCUUGAGCCCGAAGACUUGGCCACUGAUGAUGCGGAGACAGCUCCUAGCACUGCCCCUCAAGCUCCGGGGGCUGACCCUCCGAGUUCUUCCACUACAGUUCCCGCUGCCCCUGUUCCACCAUCCACCACAGCAGCUCGUGGAGUGUCUAUCGAGGGUAUGCGAGUGCUCCGGGCAGCAGAUGCUAAAGUUAAUUGGUUGGUUGAGAGGCUUCCCGAUUUUGUGAAAGAGGCGAUUGAGGCAGCAAUGGCACCCUACACUCAGGCGAUCACAGAUAUUAGGAAAGAGCAGGACAAAAUUAAGGAGCAUGUUCGCCACAUUGAUCGUCGGUUGGAGCAGAUUGAGGGGGCAGUGCGGGCGGCCUUCCUGCCAUUCUGGCGGACCUAGCUAAGGUCAAGGAGGACAUUCGAGUAUUGAAAGUCCCCGAUAUUGAGCUCAGUGCACCCAUUCUACCAUUCGGUGCCUCCUUAUUCUCCACUGGGCCCACAGCGCCUGCCAUGCCUUCGGGAAAAGGGGUGGAGGAGCCAGCUGGGGAGGAAGAAAGUGAGGAAGAGUUUGACGACGAGCUGGAGGUUGACCCAGCUGUUGAGGAGGCACGUACUUCCGCCCGGGCUGCUGGUAUCGCUGAGGCUGAGAUUGACACAUACGUGGCCAUGCAGCAAUCCCUAGAGGUGAGCGGGAAAUCCAGAGGGGCCUCUCGACCCCCGAGGGCGGGUGAGGCCAGUUCAUCCACCGCUCCUCCAGCUGACACACGAUUGCCCCCGUCUGUGGGGCCUGAGAUAUUGACACCCGGGCUGGAGGAUGAUAUUGCACCGCUCCCAUUGAUAGUACCUCCGUUGGAGGUCCUCCCUGCUGAUCAGACACCAUCGGACGCCUGAUGCGUCCAUCAAUAACAUGUGCCGGAAGCAACUUGAAGCAGAACUGAACCAGGGCAUCACCUGCGAAUCGCAAGUACUACAUGCGAGUCGCAGGUGGUGCAGCAUCUGUUGACAGAGAUGGCCAAAGAAGACACCACAUACGAGUCGCAGGUGGCACAUGCGAAUCGCAUCUGGUGUCGCAGAUGUUGCUCAACAGAUGAUUGAAGACGCGACACCUGCGAGGAUGUGAUGCAAUCUGCCACUCGCAUGUUGCACAUGCGACACCAUCUGCGAUCCGCACCAAAUGCGCAGGGCCAUUUUAGUCUGGAAAUUGUUUCCGUUUUGGACAUGCUAUAAAUAGAUUUUCUAGGGUUUUGGAUGAGAUUAUUCUGCAGUUUUUAGCAUAGACUCUUGUGGAGCUCAUUUAUUGUUGGUUGGUGAAGCAUUUAAGAGAUUUCUUUGGCUUUUGUCAUCUUCUCCAUCCAAUACUUUUGUAAGAUUUAUGAAUACAUUUUACUUGAUUGCUUUACCUUUAAUGAAUAUUAGUAGCUAAUCUUUCAGCUAAGGCUGUGGGAUCAAA